AUGGGUAGAUAUUCUGUCAAAAGAUAUAAAACUAAAAGAAGAACCAAGGAUUUGGAUUUAAUAUAUAAUGAAUUAGUUGACCAAAAUAAAGUACAACAACUGUUAAAUCAACCCUUAGAUGAAACUAAACCAGGGUUGGGUCAGCACUAUUGUAUACAUUGUGCUAAAUAUUGUGAAACUAGGGCAGCAUUAAAGACGCAUUUGAAAAGUAAAAUUCAUAAGAGGAGAGUUAAAGAAUUAAAAGCUGUUCCAUAUACACAAGAAGUAGCCGAUGCCGCUGCAGGAUUGAAUUUAAAUAAUUUUCUAAAUAGAGUUGAGCAGAUUAAACAAAAAAAAGAACCGGUAAAAGAAAAUAAUGAAGUUCUGCUAAAACAGUAUUAUGAUACCACAUUAACCAAUAUUUCUAAUACUGAGCCUACAUUACCAUAUUUGAAGAACGUUCAAGACGUAAAAGCUAAUCCAGCACAAAAAGAUUAG